AGAUUGAAGAUUGCAGCAAAUUCAAUCUUUUAGGGUUUCACCUGCCACGAGGUAUCUUUCGAAUCAAAGAUUUUACAUUCUCCAUGCCCCAGUUGCGCAAUGUCAUUGUUGCUACAGGCCUAGUAGCUUUUGCAGCUGCAGGCUUGGCAUUUCCUUUCUACUUCGUGACGUCAAAGACAAAGCCUGUGAUCGAUUCUUCGAGGCCUCUUCCACCUCAGGCAACCUUUCGAGGGCCCUACAUAAAUACUGGUUCUCGUGAUAUUGGACCGGAUCAUGGCACUUACCCUAAGGUGUAAAUUUAUUCUGUAGAAUUGUUAUUCACAUUGGUCAAUAAGAUAAGCUAUGAAACUCUUCUCAUUCAUUGUUUAAGUUUAUGAUACUUGCCUUGAAAUACAUUAGAGACAUGAGCAUAAGUUGUAUAAGUAUCUGAUCAGGAUUCUGGCAGUGGUUGCAUACUACGUUUUAAUAUACAUACACAUGUAAGAAAUUGAAUGAGAAAAUAAGACAAAAAUUGAAAUCA